GCUGUGCGGGUGCCGAAGGAAAAAAAGAAAUUGGUUUAAGAAAGGGAAGCACUUCCAUCUUUAACAGUGUGCCUCCCAUUAAUGCAAUAAUUGGUUUCGUAUUGAGUAUACGUAUUACCUGGAAAGCUACGCCUGUUUUCUUGCUGUUGUUUUUGCUCCAUUUAUUUUUGUGAAAGUGAGCGGAUCAACUAUCAGAGCAGUAUGAUUGCAAUCUUUUCAUUAUCAAAUUUACAAAAUCCUACUCUCUAUUCUGGGAAAGCAUCGCUAAGCACAAGUUGCAUAUUAUCACCAUAUUCUGAGAUUACUAAAAGACUGCUAAUUGAUUCCUCUGUGAAUUGCCAGGUUCAGCAUUUUGCAUACAAGUCAAGUGCAAGAGAAGAGACAUGGCAAAAAAUAAAAGUUAAUCCUCUGUUACGCUAUUUCCGAACUUUAAAGUGGACACCUAUACCACUGGGUGUAGGAUUUGCAUAUAUAGCAUAUCAACAGUUUAGGCAUGUUAAAAAACGAGAGUCAUCUAAAAUUGCAACUGCCUCAGAUCCAUCAGAUCUUUUAGCUUCCAAUUUAUAUGUUUCAUUGUAUACCAUGUUACCUCUUCGAGCUGCAUCAAGGUUUUGGGGUUGGGUACAUAACAUUGAUCUUCCUCAACCUAUCCGUAAACCUGUUCUUAAUUUAUUUAUCUCAACAUAUGGUUGUGAUCUUAAAGAAGCUUCUGUAGAUGAUCUGAUGUAUUAUAAAAACCUUAGAGAGUUUUUUGGCAGGACAUUGAAGAGAGAGGUUAGGCCCAUUCAUCCAGGAAAUUGUUUGGUUAGUCCAGCAGAUGGACAAAUACUUCAUUUUGGAGUUAUUGAAAAUGGUCUCAUAGAGCAAGUCAAAGGUAUUACAUAUUCCUUGAAGUCAUUUUUGGGACUCCAGCCAUCGGAAUCUGAUGAAGAAGUGAAGGUAACUGAUGAGCAGUGUCAUAAGGCCUUAGUAUCACAUCACAAGAAUGCAUUAUAUCAUUGUGUGAUAUAUUUAGCUCCUGGUGAUUAUCAUAAAUUUCAUUCACCUGCAGAAUGGACUGUAGAACAUAGAAAGCAUUUUCAUGGUGAACUGCUGAGUGUUCGUCCUGGAAUCGUGAAUUGGAUUGCUGGUCUUUUUAAUAUAAAUGAAAGAGUUGUGUACACUGGACAUUGGAAACAUGGAUUUUUUUCCUUAACUGCUGUGGGAGCUACAAAUGUUGGCUCUAUCAAAGUAUUUUUUGAUGAUACACUACAGACGAACAGGAAGAAAUGUAGAAAAGGAACUUAUGAAGAAAAACAUUUUGAUCCACCUGUGAUUAUCUCAGAAAAGGGGCAGCCAUUUGGAGAAUUUAAUUUAGGUUCCACUAUUGUUCUCAUAUUUGAAGCUCCCAAGGAUAUUCAGUUUAGCAUAAGAAGAGGUCAAAAAGUAAAAUAUGGUGAACUGUUAAGUCUUUGUAAUGCUUUAUAGCAUAACAUUUGUAUCUCUCCUUUAUGUACAUGUUGUUACUAAAAUCAGACCUUUCUUAAAAAAUUAUGAAGAUUAUUUAACUUCCCAAGUACUUUGUUGUGUAUUACUUGAAAAAAAUUGUGGAAGCUUUCUUCGAUAUAAUCUUCAUUUAAUUUUUCUGCAAUUUAGAAUUUCAUAAAUUUAAAAAAAAACUGUAUUUUGGGCAUCUUUUUAAAGAUUUGAUAAAUUAUGGAUUCAUUUUUAUCAGAUCAUUACUUGUCAUAUGUUGUUCAUUGCAUUUGUGAAUUCAUUCACUAUAUAUUUAUUGAGUUUUUAUUAGAAUAUUUUUAUAGAAUUGUUUGUAAAGUGCCAUUGUACAUUGCCUUAGACCAACUGUGAUAUAUAUAAUUUUCCUUAUAUUUUCUGUUAUUAUUCUUUAACUAGUCUGAGUGCUUCUGUAUAUUUGCCAUUUUUUUGUGUUUGUGAAUGCUAAAAAACUGAAUUUAGUUUGUAAAAAUUAACAGUUCCUAAUAUUUAUUCCUAUGGGAGGAGUGUCUAUUAAAAAAAAAAAUAUCUCCUUAACUUUAGAAUUUAUUUAUACAGGAGCAUUAAAUUUACUGCAUCUGAACUCUAAUGUUUACUUUAAUUACAUUAGGAGUGUACAAAAUAAAGUUUUUGGGCUUGCAUAUAAAUGUUUUUUUAUGAGAUUUUUUGCUUCCCACAAAUUAGUGUUGGUUGUUGCUAGGGUUAUUUUCUGGGUCUGAUGGUUCUUGCUCUUCAGUGAUAUUAGUGCAUUGGAUGCUGUUAUAUUUUUUAUGCUUGUAAAUAAAAAAGUUUAAAAUAUAUUAUUGUUGUUACAUAAACAAGACUGUAAACAUAAGCUCUUUAGAGUUCUUAGUUGCUGAUAAAAAUUCUUUAAAUUUUGUUUAUUUUGUCCUAAGCAAUUAAAUUUUGACAUUGAAUAGUUAGAAAAGCUAUGAAUUUUUUGUUGUUUGAAAAAUUAGUUGUAUCAUAGGUGUUAAAAGGCAUAACACAAAAUAUGCAUGUGCAAUUUUUUUCUUGUCCAUGUAACUUUGAUUGUGACAAGUGGUAUUUGCUGUGUAUAAAAUGCUAAAAUUUUCUUUACAUCCAUUUCAUAUUAUUUGCAAUCAUGCAGUUACAUUUCAGUUCCUUUAAUUCUCAGAUCAGGUUGUAUUAACACAUUUUUGUUAUCAUAUAUUAUGACAUAAGUAUUGUAUGAAUGCCAUUUUCUUUAUUACAUUUUGCUCUGCUUGAAAAGAAAAAAAUAGAUGGCUCUGUUUAAGUAUGUACUAGAACAAAGUUCAUUCAUUAUUAUUCAGGGAAAAUCAUGUUCAUUUACAUAUCCCUUUCUCCUCCAUGUACUUGAGCAUUUGAACAUAAUAAAUUUGACAUUGAAAGUUACAACGUAGAAUUAUAAAGGUGUUAGCAUUUUGUUUGUGUACAUUUCAGUUGUAGUAAUGCAUAUUUCAGAAGCAAAAUUAGAUUAAAUUAUUUGCUAUAAAUAUGAUAGAAAGAACUACAAAGAAGAUAAUUAAUAAUUUAGAACUUCAAAGAAAUUGUCUAUCUAUAUAUUUUCAUUUUCUUUAAAUAUAUAAAAAUGAAAGCCUGAAUUUUUUUAAUGUGUAUAGAAGCAUGAAUAUUUGAGUCUGCAGAACUGAAAUAUUAUUCAGCAUCUUUUUCUUGGUAUUUUUAUUUGCAUUUUUGAUUACUUUUUAAGGAUAUUCAUAUUUAAUUGAAAUAACUGAUGGCAUCUGAAGAAUGUAAUGUGCUAAUUAACCUAUAAAAAUAUUAUAUUGGGUUGGCAACUAAGUAAUUGCGGAUUUUUUUUAGAAAAUCAAAGAAAAUUUUUUCAUAGAAACUAAAUAACUUUAUUCUGUGAUGUAUUGCCAAUUUUGAUCAAUGAUGACCUUUUGCC